AGGUCACUAUGCAUCAUACAAAAUAAUUUCAGUAGAUUGUCUGUGGAGAAGAUUUACUGUGAAGCAGCUGUAUUAAAAGUAGCUAAUACAAUAACAGCCAUUUCAGUUCUGAUUGCUUGACAAAAGAGAGUCAAAAAGAGAACCAUGUUCCUUGUCUUAGAAGUCUUUUUGCACACACUUUAAAAUGGGAACACAUAGGGUGAGAUCUAACACUUUACUUCCAGUUCAAUAUAAUCUUAUGUAAUAUGCAAAGCACAAAAGCAUAGUGAGAGAACAAUUUUUUAUUUUUUUUUAACAGAGCAAAGAAGGCCCUACUAUUUUUCCUGCUUGUUCUCCAAAUUUCUUUUUACAUGCAUUCUCAUAAAUCUUGACUCACAGACUGUUAUUAAUGACCUUCCAUGCAUUUUCCCAGUUUACCAGUCUAAAUGUUUUGAUACCAAAAAUCACUUCACAACAAUAUCCUUUACUUGCAAUUAACUUGUAUGUCUUUGUGUCUUUUGUCCGUCUGCCUCUCAGGAUGUGGUGAGGAAUGAGAUCCAGGUAAUGAAUCAACUGAAUCACGCCAACCUCAUCCAGCUGUACGCCGCCUUCGAGUCACGCCAUGACAUCAUCCUGGUCAUGGAAUACGUGGAGGGAGGGGAGCUGUUUGACCGCAUCAUUGAUGAGAACUACAACCUGACAGAGCUGGACACAGUGCUGUUUAUACGCCAGAUCUGUGAAGGGCUGCAGUACAUGCACAAGAUGUACAUCCUGCAUCUUGACCUCAAGGUAAACCUGCUUCAUCCCAGGAUUUCAUAUUCCAAUAUUACUCCAACUCUAACCCAACUGCUAUUAACCAUUUGAAACCUACCUUUCACAAGUAUUUAAACCUUUGAACACU